UUCACCGAGCGCAUGUCGCUGUUUGCUCAUAUUGUUUACAUUUUGAUUUAGUACAUUAGGCUUUAAAAUGUAACUUCCUUUACAUAGAAUCUACCGGAAACAUUAUAAAAUUAGCAUAAUAAUGUUGCAUUUGACGACUGAAAUCGGGAAAGUCGGCAGAAAAGAGAGGGAGCGGAAACAUUUCCCAGACAUCCACAAUAACUGCAGUCUCCCCUCCUACCGGCCCCAUGGACGGAGAUAUAUCCCCCACGGGUAUGGAUUCUACGAGGACUGGAUGCCGCAUAAUCAGAAUAUCAACAUUAGAUAUACGGAGAAUGGCCCAGACUGGAAGUCAAAACUAAAAUACAUCCCUGAUCCAGAAAAUCCGAAAUACCCAGCAGCAGAAAUCUUCGAGAACAACUGGAAAGCUAUGAGGCCGUACCCUUACACGUACAUGAGGACAAGAAACGAGUGGCUGCUUGACCCCGGGCUGACCAAGGUGGGGCUGAGGUGUAACUUUGGUGGCGUCCACAAGGCCACUAACACCAGCAGUGAUGAAAUCACACACAGAAUGCUUUUUGGGCGAGGACGCAACGAGACCAUCAUAGACAAAAGGAACGGGAUCCCGUACGCCUCGGAGGGGGACAAAUCGUACCAGGCCGUGGAGUACUCCCCCAGCUUCCAUAAGGCGGGGUCCAGUCUUCCCAGCCCACAGUUUGGUGCUAACUACCCUAAAGUAUCAACAGACACCUGUGUUCCGCUUCUGCCCAUUCCCAAAAAAGCCCAGGGAUACGUUUCGCGACAUGGAGCGACGGCGACAGAUGUCGGAAGAGAUUGACUCGGUGAGGGGCUUAGAGAGCUGGGAGCCGGCAAAGCCAAUCCACCAGGCGCUUAUCCCGGAAGAUCCCCCGACUAAGAAAUAAACAGAUGUCAGCUGAUUUCACCCAAGGCUGCUGACACAAUGGAAAUCUUUUUCCCUUUUCAGCAUGUCUUUGUGUUGGCUAUAUACUUGUCAUUUUCUUUGUUGCUCACUUUUCAAGCAAAAUUCAAUGUUAUUUUUCCCCAUUUAUUGUUAUACAUGUAUUUUAUUUUUUUUUUCAUAUUUGUUUGUUUAACUUUAACUCUGCCAUAUGCUUUGUCAUAUAUCCUAAGCCAUUUUGUUUUUCACU